CCGAUCUUCACGAGCUAGGUCUUAAUUCUUGGCUGCGCUUGGUUGCGCUUGGUUGCGCCUGACCAAUCUCUUGGAAUUGGCAUUUUGCUCUCGCAACGGACGCCAAACACCGCUAGAAGUCAAAUUCGACUCGUAUUUAUCUCGAUCGACCAACAAACCCUCUGCCUUAGCCCUGCCACUCCCCCCCCCAGCACAAUUUCACCCACAAGACUUGCUAUUACUACCGAUGACACGACCUGCGUCCACUAUCGGUGAAAAGACAACUCUACAGAAGCAUGUUGGCUACUUCGAUCUAAACAGUGAUGGUGUGCUUUGGCCAAUUCACACGUUCAAACGAGUUCGCGCGCUAGACUUUCACACCGCUUUCAGCUAUCCAUCACUCCCACGUCCAACGUAUACGCCGAAAACUUCGAUCUUCUACAUUAUAAUUUCAAUCCCGUUGUACAUUUUGAGCCUCGUUCCAGAUCCAUUCUUUCGAGUUUAUAUCAAGAACAUCAAGUGGGAUGUGCACGGAUCCGAUUCGAGGGCGUUUGAUCCUGACGGGAACUUCGUUGAUGUUAACUUUGAAAGGAUCUUUGAAGAGCACUCCACUGCGCCUAACAAGGACUCACUCUCACUCUGGGAGACACUUGUCAUGCUUUGGAAUCUUCAUAGUGCAAAUGAUCACUUCGGGCCCAUAGCAAGUUUAGCAAGUUGGCUCGUUGCGUGGUACCUCCUUGCGCCUCAAGACGGGAGGAUCCCGAAAGCGCACCUCAGAACGAUAUACGAUGGGUCUGGGUUCCAUUCGAUUGCCAAGCAGGUGGCACUCGGAGGGAAACGCGGACGCGUAGAUCCAACACUCAAGCCUUGAGAUGAUGGGUUUUUGGCCAGCAGGGGAACCAACGCCUGAUACUUACACUUUGGCUGAGGCAUGGCUACAAGGGAGCCCUUGAUCCUUGUUGCCGUAGGCUCGGGUAUUGGGUUGUUCGAUUCUUUAUUGGAGUCGGUAUUGUUACUUCACGUGUGUUACGUUGCAAGAAUGUUUUUUCUUUUUACUGUAGAACGUCAUUUCCUGGUCUACCUGGGUGAUCCCAGGUUUAAAUCAUUGUGGCGCAACAGGGGUGGAUAAA